AUGUAUCUAUCCAUCCUUAACCCUACCUUGUUGGUUGCAGCCUUUCUCAUUACCUUCGCAUCAUCUGCACCCUCUUCCGGUCAGUUACCUUCAUGGAGACAACUUGCUCCUAUUCCUCUUUUCCCACGCCAGGAACAGACUACGGUAUUCCUCCCACCCUCUACUGUGGCGAUUCUCGGCGGCGUUAUACCCUCCAAUAUGUCUUUUCCACCCGUGGACACUACUCCAUUGAUGCAAUUCUACUCGAUCAAGGACAACACAUGGACCACUAGAGCCAGCAUGCCUCGAGGACUGAACCACGCCAACGCGGCCGUUGUGGAUGGAAAAAUAUAUGUCCUAGGCGGUCUUGCGGAGACAGGCGAACCAGGUGAAGGAAAGAGGGUGUGGGACGCAGUGCCAGGCUCUUGGGUGUACGAUCCUAUCACUGAUUUAUGGGAGACAGUACCGGGCAUACCCGCCGGGGAAGAAAGAGGUAGUGCCAGUGUAGGUACUUACCAGUCACAGAUUUAUCUCGCUGGUGGUAUGUCGGAACUUGAGCUGUUCGAGAAUGGCACUCAGAACAGCGUUUCGGUUGUUUCUGUAUUUGAUACCGACACAAGGACGUGGCUCUCUGUCCCUGAGGCUGCGAAGUAUAUACCGGAAGCCCGGGAUCACGCUGGUGCUGCAGUAAUAGGCUCGAAGAUGUACGUCCUUGGUGGACGAGACAGCGGGCAAGAGAACAUUCGCGACACCGUCUUUUUCCUCGAUCUCUGUGAUCUCGAAGCGGGUUGGAAGACUAGCGAGGCGCGCAUGCCUACGCCUAGGGGGGGUGUGGCGACUGGUGUUAUCGGAAAGAAGGUAUACGUCUUCGGUGGAGAGGGCAAUGCGCAGUCGGAAACCGGAGUGUUCGAUCAGGUUGAGGUCUACGAUACUAUGCGGGACCGAUGGGCGAAGGCUGGGAAAAUGAGGCUACCUAGGCAUGGAACAUACGCUGUGGGUGUGAACGGGAAGGUUUACGUUCCCGGAGGUGGCGUAAGUCAAAGCGGUGCGCCAGUGUCUGACUUUGACGUCUUUGUACCGUAG